GAGCCGUGAGGAAAGUUGCGGGGACUUAGAGAGAGGGAGGGAGGGAGGGAGAGAGAGAGAGAGAGAUAUGCCGGACUACUGCGUCACAGGGGGUUCUGGCUUUAUUGCAGCUUACCUGAUUAAGGCUUUGCUUCUCCAUGGUCACUCUGUUAGAACCACUGUCCGAAACCCUGAUGAUUUGGGCAAGCAUGGAUUUCUGUCGGAUCUGAGUGGCGCCAAAGAGAGGCUUAGCAUCUUCAAAGCUGAUUUAUUGGAUGAAGGCAGUUUCCAUGAGGCUGUGAAAGGGGUUGAUGGUGUCUUCCACACUGCUUCCCCACUCCCACUAUCUCUGACCCACGAUGAUAAUGUUCAGACAGCUUUAAUUGAUCCGGCCGUAAAGGGCACUGUGAAUGUGCUUAACUCCUGCAUAGAAGCACGAGUGAAACGGGUGGUUCUCACCUCUUCUUGCUCUUCCAUCAGAUAUCGCAAUGAUGUUCAACAACAAGAACUGACUACUCUUAACGAGUCACAUUGGAGUGAUCCUGAGUACUGCAAACGCUACAAUCUAUGGUAUGCAUAUUCAAAGACUAUGGCAGAGAAAGAAGCAUGGAGGAUGGCGAAAGAAAGUGGGUUGGAUCUGGUAGUGGUUAACCCAUCUUUUGUUGUUGGUCCUCUGCUUGCACCACAACCAACCAGUACCCUCAUGGCCAUUCUAAGCGUUGUCAAGGGUUUAAAUGGAGAAUAUCCAAACACAGCAGUAGGGUUUGUGCAUAUAGAUGAUGUGAUAGCAGCUCAUCUGUUGGCUAUGGCUGAACCCAGAGCAUCCGGCUGCAGGCUUAUUUGUUCCAGCACCGUAGCUCACUGGUCAGAGAUCAUCGAAAUGCUUCGGGCUAAAUAUCCUUCCUACCCAUUUGAAAACAAGUGUGGCAGCCGGGAAGGAGAUAACAACCCACACAGCAUGGAUACCACCAAAAUUGCUGAAUUAGGGUUUCCUCCAUUCAAAACCCUUGAACAAAUGUUUGAUGACUGCAUCAAGAGCUUCCAGGAGAAGGGCUUCCUAUGAAAGUCAUCGUAUGCAAUAAUUCGUAGCAAAUAAAUAUCUCCUUUGAUUCAAUUACCUUUCAUAUUCAUGUGAUGAGAAAUCUGCUUCAUUCAAUAACCCACUAAAUAAACCGUUGUAAUGGAGUACCUAGGCUUGGUCGAAAAAGACUGAUCCAUCAUCCUGUGUGUUAAAUUUUAUUCCUUUGAAUUAAAGGAGCAAACACUAGUAAUCUGAGAUUAUGAACAAGAUUGAACCUGUGGUAUUUUGCUCACAUGCUGCCAGGCUGUAAGGCUAUUGAUGUUAUAUUUUUUUUAGUUGAGUUCAAGAUAUCCA